UCAUGCUCCACUCGCUUAUUAGAAGGCAACGCUAUAUGUGUACUAGUCGUGUCGUGUUGUAUAUGCAUUUUUUAAGACGAGGGUGCCACCUUCACUCGAUUGUACAUCUUGUUGUCGUCGUCGUCGUCGUUUUCGAAACCUAGUUGAAUACAACAAACUUGAAUAUUCCAAAGUUCAGGAGUGAUUUUUAAAUAUAAUUUUUGGACCUUGCUUUGACCUCGUGAGAAAAAUUAUUGUGACAAAAACGACCACAGGAAAGCUGUCAAAAUGUGGAAGGGAAUGAGGGGAAAGUGGGCCGCUAUGUUUGUAAUCAUAAGUUGGAUGCAUGUCGUUGUGGCCUUGUCCAGUUCAGCCGGAGGAUCUUCUCCGUCUCAAUAUUCUCGGCGGAUAAAUGUGCGGUCAAAGUCCCCUGCAAAUCUGCACCUUCAAACGCUCCGAAGUUCUAGGCAAACUCCCGACCUUCCAGCCCUGUACUCUGCCCCCAAGGAGCGAGAGGCCAAGGAGGCGGAGGGCGAGGCGCAGGCGCAAGCACCGCCUCCAGCAGCAGUGUAUGGCCCACCUGCGGAUUUGAACGACGACUCCUCAGCCGCCACGACGGAGAUGGCGACGGAGGAAAACUUGGAAGGCGCGUCCACCUCGGCCCCCUCGGAGGCUGCGGAUGAGGAUGGUGGUGAAGUCGUAGAGUCGGAGGUUACUGAGAGGACGGAAUAUCUCCCUCCAUCCAGCACACCCACCAAAAGACGGAGAUUGAAGGACCAGAAGAUGGUAGAAAGCAGCCCCAUCCAUCAAAUCCAGAUCCACGUCGUACCACCCCAUCUGAGUCAAGGCGAUCACAAUGGCGAAAUCCUUGGGAGCAGUUAUGGUGUUCCUGAAAUGAUGAUGAUGUCCCACCCAGAGUACAUUCGAGGUCAAUAUUUGCCACCACAACAAGGACAGCAAGUUGACGGAGCAGCCAAGCAGGAGGAGCAGAAAGGAUCAAGUUACGGUGGUUCUCAAGCUAGGGACGAAGGAUCAGAUUCUCGUCAACAACAACAACUUCCAUCGACGGAAUAUGAAACGCCACGUCGAGACGAGGAACCUGUCAUCACCGGACAACCCAAAAAGUCUUCGAAUCCUCAGAUUUAUCAUGUCCCCACAACUUAUCAAGCACCUUCAACUAAUCAACUAGGUUACUCGACAAGAAGCAGAAGUAAACCUCAAGCUCAACAGUAUCGUCAACAGGAUGUCCCAAAUCAACAACAGCAAAAUAAUUACCCCACCCACCAAACACAAUACAAUAACCUGUUUCCUUCUACCCAAGGAUACCAAACCCCAACUCAACAACAGGGACAACAACAAAGUUUUUCCAGGAACCAGCCAGAAGGUUAUCAGGGAGGUUAUUCCCAGAAUGGGAAACAAGGUUAUCAACAGGGGAAUCAAAUAGUGAAAGCUUAUCCAUCCAAUUUUAACCCCAAUCAAGACACUGUGGCAGAUUACCAAACCAGCUCGGCUAUUGACCAAGGGGGUUAUCCACAACGAUCUUAUCAAGGGAACUACUCACCAACCCCAGCAGCUCAACAACAAUAUUCCCUAAAUCAAGUCACUAAUGAAGAAGAACAACAAGAUGAUGCAGUUGUAAUUCAGGGCUUUCCUUCAUCUCAACAAAAUCAACCUGACCAACAGUUUCAACAAGAUUAUCAAACCUUCAAUCACAAUUAUGUCCCACAGACCCCGACAAAUCCUCAGUCUCAAGAAACUCUGGCUCAGACUCAAUCACCGGCCGAGUAUGGACCGCCCCAAUCGUUUUUUGAGCCUCAAACGUAUUCCUUGCCAAGUUCUACUUCAUCGUUUUCUGGAGUUUCAGGAGGAUAUCCACAGCAGCAGGUAAAAAACCACUACCAACCUCAACCCCAAGCUUACGAUCAGCAACCACUGACCUCCAAUUCGAACUUGAGACAACCCCAACAACACCAAGCUCCUCCUUCGCAGACAACCUUUCAAAAUACUCCAUUAAGCCAGUAUGACUCCCGAGGUUAUCCAGAAUCUCGGUCCCAACCCCAGCGAAAUAACCCUUCGUCCCAUUCUCAACCUAUUCCACCAUCAACACAACCUCAACAAACGGUGACCAAUCCACAAGCUCAAUACUUUCAAGGGAAUUUUUUGUCUCAACCAGCUCAACCCCAAUUCCGUUCAAACUCAUUAGAUUUUGAAUCCCAACAAGAUGAAGAACUUGAGGGAUUAAAUGGUCGUAUCGUUGACGAGGCGCUUCUUGCUCGAGUACAACAAAUCAUCGAGGAACACGAGAGACAGCAAAAAUCCCUUUUGGCAAAUUUUAACAGCAACGCUCCUCCUAGUUCUCCAUCCUCUUCUGAGUACUCGUCCGGGGUUCAAUUUAAUCCUCAACAGCAACAACUUCAGCAACAAGGAGGAGGUGGUCAGCCAUCUCCAAUCGUAGAAAACUAUAAAUUGUCGCAACCACAAGGAGGACUUGAGCAAAGGCGAGGAGAGUCCCAGGAAGGGUAUGGGUCCUAUAAUCCAGAUGGCAUCCAGUACCAGAAGGCUAUUUUAUCACAACAAUUUACGGAAACAAGUCCAAUUCCAACAACACAGCAACAACAGCAAGACUCGUACGCCCCACCUCCUCCUCAGCAACCUCUAAAAGGUCAAGCCGAGGAUGUUGGUAGAUCAAAAUCGGAUGGAUUGAGGUUAGUUCCUGCUCCACAGCUGGGCAGAUCACAAGAUCAAGUCGGGGAAAGCAAUGUACAUGACGAUGUCCCAAAACCAGUGUACGGCGUCCCACUUGCUCCCGUCAUCGGCCUCGACUCGAAUGAAAAUUUCAAAGUCGUGGACGAGCCUCAGCAGAAUAGUUUAGUAACCUCUGCUGCAUCUCCAGUAUCAAAUAAUUACUUCCAACCAGCACCACAACAGGUUUAUGGAAGGAAUCGUCGGAGAGUAGCAGGAAGAGUUAUCAAACUUAACAAUGCCAGUCCCAGAAUCAGUAUUCCUUACGUAAAUUAGUUUCCUUGAACCUUCCUUAUAUAGUGUGUAUCUCUUAAGUAGGCCUGUCUAACGAUGUAUGAUUUUAUAACAAAGUGUGAUUCGCAAUCGCAACAAAUAGAUUUUAUUCUGGGUUUAUGUUUGUCCUAGAUUCUUGUAAUAACUUUUUCAUUUCAUGAUCUUGACUUGUUGAUUGUAUAAUUGCACUAAUGUUCUUACCUAUUAGUUAUAUUUUGUACAUGGAUUUUAUGAUAUAACAAGCGAAAAUAAAUCACUUUUUUAACAAAAUUUUUAAAUAUGAAUUGACAAAAUUAUAAAUUAUCUGAUAAAAUAUAAUUUGUUGAAAUUGAAAUUGGGAGCGAAAUGCAUUAAUUAAAAUUGCUUACUAAUUCCGGUGGUAAUGAUUGAGCUAACAAAUAAAAGGCAAAUAAAAGUCUUAAAAAAUUUUAA